AUGGACUGGCGGGCGGACUUCCCCCAGGACCACGCCCCGGUGGACUGGGCCAUCUCGGGCCUGCCUGGGGACCUGGACGUCCAGCAGCUGCUCUCAGACACGGAGGAGAAGCUGAAAAUGAACGCUUGUAGUAUCGAGCAGAGCCUGAGGGAGCUGGAGGUGCAGUUCGGUGACUCCUGGACGGAGGACAGGGCGUCCACCCCCGCAGAUAUCCUCCAGUUGUUCAGUCCGCAAAACCUCACCUUCCUGAAGCCCACCUGCACUGGACAGCAACAGUUGCUGGACUUUCUCAGAGCCCUGCAACAGUUUCUAAGGACAGAGGAGAAGGGGCGGGAGGAAGCCAUCCUGCAGCUCCUAUUGGACAUCUCCUCCCAAUGUGGCGUGGCCUUCCCUAAACCUGCCCCCUUGGUGGCCCUGCACCCAGCGUUAGGUUCCCCGGUUCACGCAGUGAGGGAGGAGGCCGCCCUCGAAGUUCAGGAGGUCUGGGACGACGUUCGGCUCCUGCUACGGCGCCACCUGCUGGCAAAGCUUGGAGGGGCAACCUGUCGCCUAAUGACUGGGACUCGGAAGGAGCUGCAGAAGUCGGCGAAUCCUGAAGGGGGCAGUAGCGAGCCCCACACAUCCCAGCGUGCUCAGCGCCUCCAGCAGCUCCUGUUCCUGUACCCCGAGGCCGAGGUUCUGUCCCGUUACCGCGGCGUCCGGGUCAAGGCCGUACAGGAAGUCCUCCAGCAGGGCGCCCAGUCCUCCAGCCCCGCCCAGACGGGUUUCGGCAGGCUGGCGUGCAGUUUUGGGACGGCGUGCCCCGCUCUGCUCCGCCUGGUGGAGGAGGACCUGCGAGCUCUGAGCACAACGGUGGAACCCGCUGCCAGCCUCGCCUUUAUUAACCACGCCCACCUCGACACCGUCGCCCGCGAGGUGAGCGUCGCCAUGGAGAUGCUGGUGGAGGACGCGGCGAAGGACAGCAGCACGAGCAGCGGGAAGGCCAGGAAGGCCUCGGCCAAGUCCAGAGUCGCUGUCGCGUCGGGCUGCGGCGGGCCUCGGGGGUCAGAGGGGGACAGGAAGUCGGCGGCGCGGGGCCCGCGCGCGGGGGAAACGGAGUGGCGGCGAGCGGCGUCCGCGGGGAGCGCCACUUCACCGCCGCGUUCAUACAUCAGACGGCCGCCGCACGCCGAGUGUUUACCUUCCUCCGCCGCCCGCCGGCCCGCGCCCGCUCCGCUCCCUCCCCAAGAGGAGGCCCCCAGGAGGGGCAUGAGCCUGACCUCCCACCAGCUGGGGCAGCUGACCCGGCUCGCUGGGGCGCUCCUGGACCUGGAGGAGCGCGUGGAGGGCCUGGCAGCCGAUCUGGGGCUCCUGUGCUGUGCUGGGGAGACCCCCUGCAGCGUGAGAGGGAUCCUGAAAAGGGCCAGAGACGACCCGGAGACGACCCUACGAGAGAGCAGCCGAUUGGCCCCCGAAAUAUCUCCCCCGGUCCCAGAGGCGACAGCCCUGCAGUUCGGUUGGAGGAGUGCGUUUCGGGAGCUGGCCCCGCCCCUGGUGCACUGUGUGAGGGUGGUGCUGGAGGAGGCGUGCGCCAAGCGUCUGCAGGAGGAGGCGGCCCACGCCUCAGGCCCCGCCCCCUGCCUCGCCCUGACCAGCCUGCCCCAGGCAGAGGGCCCCCCCGCGUCCAGUCCUGCGAACGAGCCCCCAAAAAUGAUCGCCAAGUUUGCUGGUGACAUCAUGGCGGAGCUGGACGCCCUGUUCCCCCUGGCCCUGGCCUGUAGGGGGGACUCUCUGCUGGACGUCCGGGCGAGCUUCAUCGAGGUGGCGGGCAGGGUGACGUCGGCCAUCUUGGGCCGGCUCCAGGAGAGGGGCAGGGAGGUGCCCGCCUCGGCCCCUCUGCGGAACCUUCCGGCUCUGCUGGCCACCGGAGUCUUCCUCCAGCAGAGGCUCCUCCGCUACCAGGCCCGGCUGGGCGACCCGACCCGCAAGUGUCUGUCUCUGCUGCCCAUCCCGAAGUGCCAGGAGGUAACGGAGGCCCUCCAGGAACACCUGACGGGGUACUGUGUCCAGGCCUGCUCCACCUGCAUCCUGCAGGACCCUGAGAGCCAUCACUGGGGCGACCCCAAGCCGUUUUACGAGGGGGAGCGCUGCUCCUUCUCCAUCCAGAUGUGGCACUACUUCAUGUCUGGCCUGCGCAGUGACCUGUGGGCCUGCCUCCCGCCCAGCCUGGCUCAGGAGGUUCUGGCCCAGGUUCUGAGCCCCACCCUGGAGGUGCUGGUCCAGCGCUACUCCCGCGCCCGCCCCUCCUACACACGCACCCAGCAAAUCAGGACUGACAUCAGGGCCAUCCUGCUGUGUGUGGAGCAGCUGAUUCUGGGUGUGUGCAGCAGCGCCCCAGCCCUGCUCCGGUCGGGCCCCUGGGACGGGCCCUGGGUCUCCUCCAUACACAGCCUGUGUGACCAGCUGCUGGGUGUGCUGGCUGUGGUCACAUCGCCCCUGCCCGACCUCCACCGACAUUUUUACAGAGACCCUGCGGACGGACCUCCCUCAUCACAGACAGAGACGCCGUCUUACAGCCAGGGGGCGCAGUGGCUGUGUCACAUCAACCCGACGCUGUUCUCAGAAGAGUCACUAAAAGGGACCUCAGGGGCGGACACGUUGGCGGCCCUGGGUUGGCUGCGGCUCCUCUGUGCGCAGCCUGACUGCGACCACGCCCUGCUGCUCCAGGCUCUGCUGCAGGCCGACAGCGUCCUGCUGCAAGUGCUGCUGGGACAGCCACGUUUGGGGGCAGCAGACUCGGCGGAGACGCGGCAGGACGGAGAUGCGUUUCUCGAGGCGGUGUUCUCGGUGCUCUCCUCCCUCAAUGCCGUCCCUAAAGCCCUGGCGCUUGUCUUCGAAGGCUACCUUGACAGGCGGCACCUGUGGGACCAUUUAUACAACCUGGCAGACUGCAGCCAAUCAGGACCCGUUGUGCUGAGGUGCCUGAAGGCCACAGUGGCUGAGUCCAUCGAUGGCAUUGUGGGUAAAAUCGUCGCCAUGGUGAGGUCCUGGGUGGCAUCAGAGGACCACGCCUCCAUCCUGCAGGUCAUCCCUGAGAGCGUGCUCAGUAAAAUACCGAAGGAGUGGAACUACACGUCCCAGAACCCCCAGGAAAAGGAGUCUGCUAACGGCUGCACCAAGCUUUUGGUCCAGGUGCUGUCCUUCGUCUUCUCCAACCUGCCCCCCGCGGUGGCGACCCUGCCCCUGCCGGUCCGCUUCCUCUUCCACACGGGCGAGGAGCGCCUGUCCCAGAGCUCCAGGACGCCCGGGCCCGGGGGGCCUCUCCUGGGGAGCGUGGUGGGGCUGCUGUGCCGGAGGCUGGAGGAAGGGGGCGCUGUGGAGCGCGUGCCGGGCCGCAGGGACGGGGAGACGCUCGCCCUCGUGUCCGACUGCCUCCGGGCCACCACGGGCCUCCAGAGGGGCGCCCCCAAACCCGCUACCCACAAGGCACUGCAGGCACUGGAGGAGAGGAGCCCCAAAUGGAGCUCCACCCAGCUGCAGAAGGCCAGGAAGCUGUACUCCGAGGGCGUGUUCGAGGCGGCGGAAAGCUCCGGCGCUCCGGAGAGAGCCGGCUCCGGCGUUCCCGAACUGACUGAGCGGAAAAUAGGUCUGAUGGUCCUGGAGCUCCGCCACAAAGCAGGUGGCGCCCGGUACCUGCGGCAAAUUCAUCACAUCAUCCGGCUCAAUGAGGAGCUGCUGGCUUCCCGGCUCUCCGGUCCGACCGCCCCCGCCCCCCCCCACGCCCCCUCCGCGGCCCUCCGCCUGGACCCCCCCGGCCCUCGACCCCGCUUCGACCCCAUGGCUCAGUUCAACCGCCUCGGCGCCGGGGAGUUCGACCAGUCUGCCAUCAGUGACUGGAGCUGGGACUGGGCCCGACUGCUGCCGGCCUAUCAGAGCGUGAGUCAGGUGACCUUGGGAGCGCUACUGGCUAACAGGUGGGACCUGCAGGAUGGCGCGGUGCUUGAAGAUGAAGAGAGAGCCCUGGCGGAUCGCGUGCGGAAAGCGCACUUCAGCGCCGGCCCGGGAUCAUAGAGCCCCGCCAACGUAGCUGCAGCGCGCGGUGUGAAAGCGAAAGUGAAAGUGCUGGGACGAGCCGGGAGAAGACACGCAUCGCAAACAUCUUCAAUUAAAAACGCGGUCCAUUUAAAGUCACUUCCCUCCCGAAUUCUGAACCGUUUCUGUUUCGUAAAGUUUGGAGAAAUGAAUUCAUUCCAGGCCACAGCGAUUGAGGAUAAAACAGAGACUGGGAAUAACGGGGCUUGUGAUCAACCGUUUUUGAUUGUUUGUUUGUUUUUUCAUUUAAUAAGUCAAAUACCAUUGUUCUUUGAUAGGCUACUGCAGUUGAAAGCAGAAAUAAUGUAUAGUAUAGUAGUAGCAUAGUUAUUUAGUUGACGCUUUUAGCCAAAGCGACAUACAGUUGAUUAGACAAAGCGGGGGACAAUCCCCCCAGGAGCAAUGUGGGGUUAAGGGCCUUGCUCAAGGGCCCAACAGCUGUGCAGAUCAUAUAGUGGCUACACCGGGGCUUGAACCACAAACCUUCCAGGUCCCAGUCAUGUACCUUAGCCACUAGGCUACA